AUGGAGGCCUACGUCGAUGAUAUGCUCGUCAAGAGUACUUUUCGGGCCGACCAUCCGGGCGAUCUGAGAGCCUGUUUCCAAGUUAUGCGCGAACAUCGGUUAAGGUUGAACCCAAAGAAGUGCACUUUUGCUGUACAGACUGGGAAGUUUUUGGGCUACAUGAUGACCAGACGCGGAAUAGAGCCGAACCCGGCCAAGAUACAAGCCAUCUUGGACAUGCAGCCCCCAACCAGCAUUAGGGAAGUACAACAACUCACCGGCCGACUGGCCGCGCUCAGCAGAUUCCUCUCUAAACUAGCCGAUCGAGCUCAUCCUUUCUUCAAGAUCUUGAAAAAGACUAACGGCUUCACUUGGGAUAAUGACAGCCGGGCAGCUUUCGAAGGCCUCAAAGCCUAUUUAGCUUCCCCGAUUGUCUUGUCGAAGCCCGAGCCAGGAGAGGAUCUUGAGUUAUAUCUUGCUGUUUCCGAUCAGGCCGUCAGCGCGGUCUUGUGCCGGGUUGAUAAUGAAGGAGUACAACGACCGGUGUACUACGUCAGCCAUGCGUUGCAGGGACCGGAGUUCCGGUACACUCGGCUGGAGAAGGUGGUGUUCGCGUUAGUCACGGCGGCGAAGCGACUGACACCCUACUUUCAAGGUCGGAUUAUUCGCGUGUUAAUAGAUCAGCCGAUAGGGGCCAUCCUCAGAACCUCAACCUCUUCGGGACGCCUGGUAAAAUGGGCCAUGAUGUUGACGCAGUUCGCGUUGGAAUAUAAACCCCGACCGUCCAUCAAGGCCCAAGCUUUGGCUGAUUUCGUGGUGGAAUAUACCGCACGAGAUACCGAGUCGGACCCAAACAAUCCUCAGACCCCGGAAUGGUGGGAAGUCAGUACAGACGGAUCCAGCGGAAAAAGGGGAGCGGGAGCGGGAAUAGUCAUCACGACCCCUGAGGGCUUUAAAGCUUACUAUGCUAUCGUGUUCCACUUCUCGCCGACCAACAAUGAGGCCGAGUACGAGGCACUAAUCGCCGGACUGGUGCGAUCGAGACAAUUGGGGGCGAAGGCCGUCCGAGCUAAAACAGAUUCCGCGCUAGUCGUUGGCCAGGUCAACGGCGAGUUCGUUACCAACGGGAAUAAGUUGAUAAUCUACAAAGAUCGGACGCUAGCCAUCUUGCGGCAGUUUGAGGCUUAUGAGCUCGCUCACAUUCCCAGGUCAGACAACGCUGAUGCCGACAUGCUAUCCCGACUGGUGCAUGAGGCCCCCGAGCAUAUAUCAAAGAUAGCCCACAUAGAGGAAGCAGUCGCACCUUGCAUCAAUGCUCUUGAGAUAGAACCGGUCAAUGAGGAACAAGACCUAUGGAUAACCGACCUCAAGGAAUACCUCCAAGAUGGGAAAAUACCAAAUGAGGCAGAUCGAGCGCGAAAAGUAAAGCUCAGAGCGCCCAGAUUCCAGGUCGUGGACGACCGUUUAUAUCGGCGAUCCUACGGGGGCCCAUUGAUGAGAUGCUUGAACGCGUUCGAAGCAGAGAUCGUCAUGAAGGAGCUACAUUCAGGUCUAUGCUCGGCACAUCAAGGAGGCCGAUCACUCGCACGCCGGAUCAUGGUUAUGGGAUAUUACUGGCCGUCUAUCCAAUUUGAUUGUGAAAGCCUCGUCAGAGCAUGCGAGCCUUGUCAGAAAUUUGCAAAGACUCCAGGUCGGCCGGCGACCUUCUACCAACCAAUCAGCACGGCUAUCCCAUUCGCACGUUGGGGGGUGGACAUCAUAGGUCCGUUCCCGAUCCUAGCAGCUAGGAAGAAGUUCGUGAUCGUCGCCAUCGACUACUUUUCAAAGUGGAUUGAGGCGGAACCCUUGGCGACCAUAACGGCUCAGCAGUGCGCACGCUUUAUAUGGAGGAACAUCAUCGCUCGCUUCGGAGUCCCCGUGCACCUGAUCACGGAUAAUGGAAGGCAAUUUGAAAGUCGGUACCUUCAAAGUUUUCUAGCUACGGUCGGCGCGAAAUCCAUCCGAUCGUCUGUGGCGUAUCCCCAGGGUAAUGGUCAGGUCGAGAACGCGAACCGGACGAUCUUAGACGGACUGAAGAAGAAGCUGUUCGAUGCCGGUCGAAAUUGGACAGAUGAAUUGCCUUAUGUAUUGUGGGCGUAUCGGACGACUCCUCGCGAGGCCACCAAGGAAACCCCCUUUGCACUAGUCUAUGGUGCAGAAGCUCGGUUGCCGGUCGAAGCUUGGAUCCCGACGACCAGAGAAAGAGGGUACGACGAGGAUAACAACGAGCGAAUGAUGACGCAGUUCUUUGAUUGCGCUCGGGAAGCUCCGAUCUCCGAAUAG